AUGCUUAUCUCCAUCAUUGGCAUUACGAUCACGCAUGUUUAUUCGGAUGAGAACAUUCUUUUCUCCGAUCCGGAGGAGCAGAAUAACGAGAAAAUGAUUCAGAUCUAUAUCCAGGUUUGCAUGACGUGGAUCAAGUUAUACGAUACUUCCAAAACGGUGUUUUUCGUUCCCAUUUUGCUCAUGCUUUUCUAUGCCAGCAAAUAUCUCGAUUCGAAUUUGAUCUCGAAAAAAGCAGCAGUUGCGUUUGUGAUGAUGAAAGAAAGAGUUGAGCGGGACAUCAAACCCGUCGCUUCCGAAAUCGACCCUCUCUACUCCAAGAUCGUUUCGCUCUUCCGCUGUUGCUCGUUCGUUUUGUUUAUUCAGCAAGUGACGACGUCAUUCAUUCACGACGCUUUGUUUGAGUCCAGCGCAGAGAGAGUUUGUCAUCUCAUCAAGACCGAGCAAUGGGUUUCGAGAGGGAAACCCGAAAAGAAAAUUCCCGUGGCCAGUCAGAAGAAUGGAAAAUCGACACGCGCCGGUGGAAAGGACGGUAAAUUGGAGAGAACUGCGAAGGACGGUAAAUUGGAGAGAACGGCGAAGGACUUGAAGAAGCCGCAGAGAAGCGAAAAGGAGGAACGCGAAGAGAGCAGACUGGUCACGUCUCCGCCGAGGAAGGGGAGCAGUUCCCUAGCACUCUCUGGAAAUCGCCGAGAGCAAAAGAAGGGGAACGACAACAAACAAGAGGUGUUUUUGACGGUUUCGAGCUCGCUGUCCCUCAGCGAUUUUGAUAAUUUGGGGAGUUUGGUGAGCAACAUCGACAUUCCUUCGUCGUUCUCGGUGGUUCUGGAUGUCAGCAAUAUCGCGUUUUCCUACGGCUGCCAUGAGACGUACGCUUGCAAAGGCAUUCGCCUCGCGUGUGAAUAUUUUCGGAAGAAAGGAUGCGCGAUCAGCGGAUAUCUGAACGCGAAGUAUUUUGACGGUAUGACUUUUUUUCUGUCCAUCAUUCGUAGAAAGACCAACUACGAAGAUCACAGUAGGGUUUGGAAUAAGAGCUGA